AUGCAGAACAGGGCAGGCCGAAUAUUUGAUGAUCCAAGGAAGCUAACAUAUCAAUUGGUUAAAAAGAUAACAAAUGAUUUCACAGAUGAACUUGGCCGUGAUUUAAUAAAAAGUUCCAAGUCAAAGACAUUGUUAAAAGAUGACAGGAUGUGGGGAUUGCUUGAAGAUGGAGAAGAGGUUGCUGUUAAGGUACUUCAUUAUUUCACACCAGAUAGCAGUGACCAGCAAUUCCAAAAUGAAUUUGAAAACCUUAAGAGGCUCAAGCAUCCUAAUAUUGUACGUCUAGUGGGCUUCUGUGACGAAACUGAGGAUGAAAUUGUAGAGUACAAAGGAGAAAUAGUAGUUGCUAAAAGGAUACACAGGGCACUCUGCCUUGAAUAUGUGCCCAAUGGAAGCCUGGGCAAGCUCCUUUCAGGCUCCGUAUAUCCCAAAUUCCUUAAUAUUAAUGUCCUUGUGAUUCAUUUACUUUGUGUAUCUACUUUGAAGGUACAUGAGAGCUGGAACAGAAGAUUACAAGAGAUACCGAAUUAUGAAUCACUUGAAGUAGAUUGCAAACAAGUCAAAAUAUGUAUCGAGAUAGCAAUUAACUGCAUGGAGAAGAAUCGACGUAAAAGACCUACAAUAAAGGAUAUUAUCAGCAAAUUGGAUGAGACUGGAACUGUGGAAGUAGUUUCACAUUUUCAAAUGAAAAAGAACACUAAAGUCGGUGGCAACAAAGAACCCGUAAUCUUAUCGAGUGGUAUUGUGGGCGGGCCAUACAAAGGUUGGUUACGUUACAUCUGA